UUGUGUAGAGAAACUGGAAAGUGCAGUUUCAUUCAAAGAUCAGACGUCAAAAAACGUGGCCAUGUUACAAAGCAUUAGAGACGAAGAAUACCUCGACGAGUCGAUCCUCGAAGAAGAGGACUCUGUCAACUCUGAGAACAAAAUGCAGAAAGUGGUGAUCGUGAGGAAGAACGAGGGAGAUGACGAGAACAAUGACGAAGACGUUGACGACGAAGAUGAAGAACAUGCAAUUCAAGCACUCGACGAAACAACAUGCAUCUACUGUGAUCUGCAGCUAGCCACUGUAUCGGAGCUGCACGCGCACAUUCGUGCGGUGCACGCUUUAGAACCACGCACUGGACGCGCAUUGCGCGAGUGUCCUCUGUGUGCCGUGCCGCUGGCUGAUCUUGCUGAUCAUCUGAAUAGAUGUCACGGUGUUAAGUCAGACGCGGAAGGCAGAGAGUACCCUUGCCACUUCUGCGACAACGUGUACUCCAGCCGAAAGGCGUGCUUUACGCAUCUCAGGAUGAAGCACGGAUUAAAACUGUACAACGACCAGACACCAAAAUGUGUUCACCGCGAGCGCAAGAAGUGUCACCUGUGCAAUAGAGACUUUAGCCAGAAGCAAAUCCUGAACAAGCACCUGUGGAAGGCCCACGGCAUUGAGGUGGAAAAACGCAAAGCCUUCAUCUGCCCCCUUUGCGAAGAACGAGUUUCAUACGGACAGCACUUUAGCGCUCACCUACUGCACCGGCACAAAGUGCACGAGCAAGUUGAACAGCUCGAAUUCCAUAAUAUGGAUGAAUUUUUGCUAUUCAAAAAUGCGAUACAAGAAGAGACGAAGUACAGAUUUAGGAAGAUAUCGGCGAGUCGACAAGUCAUCGAUGGUAUCAGGUCUAAUUAUAUGUGCAGUCAAUCUGGAGUUUAUGUCUAUCAGGGUAAAGGUAAGCGACCUGCGCCCGAGCGUCAAAUCUACAAGACUGGGAAGGCGUGUCCCGCGCAUAUGAUCGUCACGGAGACCCUCGAGCGUGUGCUUGUCACGUUUUAUAAGACUCACGUGGGACAUGGACUCUGCCCCUACUAUGAACCACGUGAACCGAAAAAACCUAAAAUGGAAACGAUCACGAACGUUCUCGAAAUCGAAGAUUCGCUCAAAUCCGAAACGGAAGCUAAAGAAGAGGAAGAGAACGGUUCACUCGCGUGGAUAUGCGACACAUGCGGCAUGGGUUUCUUGGACGUCGAGCAGUUUAAAGAUCAUAUCGCUGCGCAUGCGCCGAAGUUGCUCCCCUGCCAGUAUUGUGACAAUGUUUUCGAAAACAUAGAAGCAUGGACACACCACAUUCAAGAACACAGUAGUGGAAAUAUAAUAUUCAAGAAAAACUUUUACAACUUAUAAGAAAAAAAUGUUUAUUCUUAUACUAUUAGAGCCAAGUAUAAUAUUUUGUUUUAGUUUAUACCUUAAUAACACUGAAUGAAGUUACGAUUUUAUUUUUUUGCUAAUUAAAUAGGGAAA